AUGGGGUGCUGUCGCCUCCUUCGAGACGGUAUCUAUCUCAGCCAGCCUGCAGGCUUGGGAGCAAUAUGGUUCCCCCAAGAACCUGACUUUGUCCUCACAAAGAGGCAACAGAAGGGGCUGGCGUUGGGAAAAUUUGGGGCAAUCGAAUGCGCUUCGGAUAUUGAUAUCUCAGGGUUGCUAGUCGGCCUCUUGUCCGUGAACGGGAAUGGAGAGCUAGCAGAUGCGAAUGGAUUUGGUGUGGAGGUCACGCAAGGCCAGGGUGCACUAGCAAAGGGACCUAACCAAGGACGUGAGGGUAGAUCAAAGUCGGUGGAUCCAGAUCUGUGUCAGAUGACAACUGAUGAGAUAUCUGAGGCGUAUAAAAGGGUUAUUGUUGUGAUUGAAUGGGAGGGGGUGCGGAAUAGGUUCUUCAUCCAGUGUGUAGCAUGGUCUCCAGGUCACCCAGUCCGCACAGGGACAAAUCUAUCCCAUACUUAUGAAACUGCUUGGACUUGUCCAGGGGCAUAUGGGACUAUGCCAGUGUAUAGUAGUCUCGGAGGUCACUAUGGUGGUGGUCAUGCUCACAAGUCAGCAGCUCCUCUCAUGGUUCCCCUUGCUGCAUCGAAUCUAUUUGAUUCAUCCCAGAACCACACCGUAGUUCGCCCGCGUGAGAACGACUUGGAUCUUCCUGGGACGCAACCUCUUAGUUAUCCCCUUCCCCCGGCCCCGGCCAACACAUGGCAUGGCGAUGCUAAGUAUGAAGGGUUUGCGCUCAUAUCCCACGUUCUGGUCUAUGAAAAUUCAUCCAGCAGCAAGGAUUUUGUGUAUUGGUGGCCAAGGACUGUCCCUCAGAGCCAGGCGAUACUAUCGGGACAUCAAUAG